UCUAUAUCUAUGAAUUAAUUGAAAGAAACCAUAUAAGAAUAUAUGAAUAAAAUGGUUAAACCAGUUUUUGAUUAACUUUUAGCUUAAUUAUUAUUAGCUAGACCAGAUGAUGUUAUUAAUUGGAGUAUUAAUUGGCUUGAAAAAUUAUGUAAUAUAUUUUAGAUAUUAAAGAAUCUGUAAAUUAAAAAGGAAAUAAAUAAGAGACUCAACAUAAUCAAAGUGAAGAGGAAGAAGAUGAAGAUGAUGAAGUUUUACCUAUUUAAAAAGAAACAAAAAAAACAACUAGAACAGGAGUUUCAGCUGAAGUUUAUGGAGAAUUUAAUAAAAAAGAGAACUUUAAACCAAGAGUAAUAGAAAAAACGAGAGAAUAAAUAGAUAGAAUAAGAAAAAAAGUGUUAAAUUCAUUUCUUUUUUAAGCAUUAGAUGAAUAAAACUUACAUACUGUAAUAGGUGCUAUGGAAGAAAAAAAGUUUUAGUAAUAAUUUAAAUAUAUAACUAAUCAUAGACCUGGUGAUUUUGUUAUUCGUUAAGGAGAUGAUGGAAAUGAAUUAUAUGUAAUAGAUGAGGGUGAAUUAGAAUGUACUAAGAAAUUCCCAAAUUAACCUUAAGAAAGAUUCUUAAAAAAAUAUUUACCUGGUGAAUCAUUUGGUGAACUUGCUUUAUUGUAUAAUGUUCCUCGUGCUGCUACUAUUAAAGCAAUUUAACCUGUUAUAGCAUUUGCUUUAGAUAGAGCAACUUUUAACAAUAUUGUAAAAGAUGCUGCUAUUAGAAAAAGAGAAUAAAUGGAAUAAAUUUUAAAUAAGAUAGAACUUUUAUAAUCUAUGGAUACUUAUGAAAGAUUAUAAUUUUGUGAUGUUUUGAAAGAAGCCAAAUAUUGUAGAGGAGACAAAGUUAUUUAAUAAGUUAAAUAAUAUUUCUAUUUAAUAGGGAGAAUAAGGAGACACUAUUUAUUUAAUAGCUGAAGGAGAAUUAGAAGCUUAUAAAGAAGGAUAAUUAGAAAAGGUUUAUGCUUAUAAAUCUGGUGAUUAUUUUGGAGAAUUAGCUUUAUUAAAAAAUACUCCUAGAUAGGCAACCAUUAUAGCAACAGUACUUAUGCUCUUCAUCAUUAUCUUAGACUGAUUGUACUUUAUAUUAUUGUGAUUUUAAAUCCUUUACAAGAAUGAUGGGUCCUUUAGAAUAAAUUCUUAGAAGAAAUAUUGGAAGAUAUGAGCAAUAUCUAUAAUGAAUGUUGUG